AUGAGUUUGCUGUGUAACUUACUACUAACUCUUUCUCUAGCAGAUGUAAGACUAGUUAUCGACAUUUUUAAACUAAAAAACAUUAAAAACGGUAUAAUUUUUCAUUGUUACGAUAACUAUGUCGUGAGUAAUGUGCAUAAAAUAUUAAACGAGCAGGAUAUCUUGAUGGCGAGCACUAAGAUUGAUUAUAAUGUAACGUAUAAUAUAGCUACGUCUCAUCCAAGGGUUGGAUUAGUAAUAGACACUUCCUGUGAAGGGUGGACUUCAGUAUUAGACUCGGACACAAUAUCUUUUCAAGAAUAUUCUUUUAUAGUUAUCACGGAGGAUCUUUCAGGGACUACAGAGAUCUUAUCUCAGUAUCCUAUAGAAGUGGAUUCCGAUGUUAUUGUCGCUCAUAAAAUUAAUCAAACAUUUAACUUGUAUGAAGUUUUCAAUACUGGAACAAAAUACAGGGGUACCUAUAAUGUUAGAAAGGUGGGUCUUUGGAAUUCUUCACUGCUUAUCGACUCGUUCAACCGAUGGAACUUGCAAGGAGUGUUCGUGAAGACGGCGGUGAUUAUCCUCACGACUCCCAGGAUAGUGAACCAGACUAUAGAACAAUAUAUGGAGAAACCUAUUAAGUCACAGAUUGAUGUGGACACAGUGCAUCGUAUGAAGUACUUUAUAAUGUUGAAGUUUAUGCGAGAUAUGUAUAAUAUCAGUUAUGACAUGCACCGCGUCAGUACUUGGGGAUACCAACGCAAUGGUAGUUUCGAUGGCAUGGUGAAUGCUCUUUAUCAAGGCAUGGCAGAAAUUGGAGGAGCACCUAUAUUCUAUAGAAUCGAUAGAGGUCAACGUGUACAGUACAUCUCUGAAGUCUGGAUGUCAAGACACAGUUUUCUCUUCCGCCACCCAAAGUACCCGGGCGGUUUCUACACGAUCUACACGCGGCCUCUCAGUGACGUGGUGUGGUAUUGCGUGGUCGCCAUGCUAGCGGUGACUGCCAUCACACUGUGGGUGAUGCUGGUGGUGCAAAACCAUAAGGGCGAUAAUGAAGACUCCUCGUUAAGCUUAGCUGGACUUGUGAUAUGGGGCGCUAUUUGUCAGCAAGGACUCUCAAUAAAUCGUGAGUCGACGUCCACAAAGCUUGUGAUAUUCACGACAUUCGUGUACGCGGUGACACUGUACCAGUACUACAACGCGACUAUAGUAUCCUCCUUACUGCUGGAGCCUCCCAGGAAUAUCAGGACGCUGAAGGAUAUCUUGGACAGCGACCUGAAGGCCGGCGCCCAUGAUAUUGUGUAUGAUAGAGAUUAUUUCAAGCGCACAACAGAUCCAGUAGCAAUAGAACUGUAUCACAAGAAGGUUGCGACAGCUACACACUACAACUUCUUCACGCCUGAGGAAGGAAUAGCGUUGGUGAAGAAAGGAGGCUUCGCUUUCCACAUAGACACUACUUUUGCGUUCCCACUGAUUAAGGCGACCUUUACCGAGAGAGAGAUCUGUGAGACCACCUUAGUACAGAUGUACCCGCUGCAGAGAAUGGGCGUCGUUGUUAGAAAACACUCGCCGUAUAAAGAACAUAUUGCUUACGCCAUCCGAAAGAUGUACGAAGUGGGUCUGCCACCUCGCAUCCAAUCAGAGAUCGACGAGCCGAUGCCCGAGUGUGCGCAUACGCCAGAUUCCAGUAUAUUUUGUGUCGGCAUUAGAGAGUUUUCUACGCCGCUCCUAGCACUCACACUGGGGAUGGUGACCUCUAUUGUCGUAUUAUUUUGCGAACUUCUGUUUGAUAGAGUUGUUAAAUUAAGUAGUGUGCGAGAAUUCAGGCACUAA